UACCGGCGUGUACUGGUCUAUACCGACCGGCCACCGACGGCGCCGGUUGUCAGGAUUACUGAGAAUUUGUACUGUUAAACAGAAGAUGAUACAAAUUGUCAUUAUAAAGGUGGAGGAUUCUGGCUGUUUCUGGGGGAGAAUACCACAUGGCUUCAGUGAUCUGGCUGAAAAUGAAAAUCAGUAUGAAAGAUUAGAAGCAAAGAUGAACCAGCUGUACCAUAGGAGCCAUGAGGAAUUAGAAGAAAUUAAACUUCCUGUUCUAGAACAAGGCCAGAUCUGUGCUAUUUAUUGCCAUGAACUCCGUUGCUGGUGCAGGGCAGUUCUGGAAUCUCUUGUACCAAGUGGAAACAGUUACCUUGCAGAAUGUUUCCUAGUUGACCAUGCAAAGCACAUUUUGGUGAAGGCAAAAGAUGUUCGAAGGGCAGUUGAUACUUUUUGGAAGUUACCAUAUCGAGCAAAAAAGUUCAAUUUAUUUGGCAUACAGCCAAUGACAUUGAAUUUUAAUGUUUGCGAGGAGAAAGCAAUUAUUGGUCCAGCAAAAAGAUGGGAUAGCGCUGCAAUACAGUAUUUCCAAAAAUUGUCUCAAGAAUCUCAGACUGCUGAAGCAAAAUUAAAAGAUUUUGCUGGGGAUACCAUUGCAGUUCAACUAUAUCUCACUCUGAAAGAUGAAAAGGUGUGUUUGAAUGAUGACUUAGUGGCAAAAAUGUUUGCACAUUACAUUUCACCAAAGAAGCAAAAUCUAGCAGAAAGCCAGACAUCAUCGGCAUUGUGCAGGAAGAAAGAAACACCAGUGAAAAACAAUGUUGAUUAUAAAACGUUAGCCCUUUGGUCUGAAAUUCUGGAAGGGUCUACAAUAGAGGAACAAAGUCAAGGUUUUUCAGGCCAGGAAUCAGAUGUUCAAUGUCAACAAGGCCAAGAAAGAAAUGUAUCUUGUGAACACAUGAGUAAACAAACCAGUAAGACACCCUCAUUGUCGCAUCACCCAACAUCAGCAGAGCCUCUCCAAGCAAUCUUCCUAUCAGAAAUGCAUUCAGAUGAGAAGAUGAGACUCUUACAGUUUCUAAACCCAGAUCCAUUCAACACAAAAAGAGUACUUCAUCCACAACAGCCAUCUUUGAAAAUAGCCUUUGACCGAUGGAGUGGCGUCCUGGUGCAUGCAGUUAACAAACUGACUCCAUGUAGCAGCAUGGAAUUUGCACCAAUUUCUCUGGAUUUAAAAAAGGAACUGUGUAAGAAAAAUAUUAGUCCCGAUGUUGUGCAAUCGUACUGCUGGCCAGCCAUCAGCCGCGGUUGUGAUUUAGUUGCAGUAUCACGUCAAGGAGAUGAUCCUCUUUUAUACAUCCCUCCAUUGUUGACAUUUCUGCAGUUUCCAUCCGUGUACAGUUUCCAACCCAAGCGGAAUUUGCCAUCAGCAAUAAUUGUGUGCCCUGGACAAAAGAAGGCCCAUUUUGUCUGCCAAGUAUUAAGCGACUUGACAAAGUUUUCACAACGGUUUAAUCUAUCUUUGGUUUUGGUUGGACAAGAUCCAGAAGAAAGUAAGAAAAUAAAGCUUGUCAAAGGAUGUGAUGUAGUUGUUACCACUCCACACAGUCUUGUACGGGUCCUCAAAACACACUGCCUGUUUUUCAUCAGACUUGGUCAUUUAGUAUUGGACACAGUUGAUGUGCUAUUCGAUAAAGCAAUGGAUGAAGUGACUACUAUCUUGCAAUGCUUCAGGGAGGCUACUAAUGUCCCAGAAAGACUGUCAACUCCACAACAGCUCAUAGCUGUUGGAAAGCAGUGGAGAAAAGAAAUGGAAAUUUUGGUUAAGGAAAGUCACAGUGAUCCUUAUGUUGUUAUAGCAGCCAUGGAAGAAGCUGCACUUUAUGGAAACGUACAUCAGAUAGUGCAGCUUUGUCUAGACCAUGAGAAAACAUCGCAGUUAUUGACCAUAUUGGACUUCACCUCUGAGGUUGUACAGAAGACUGUAAUUCUUGCUAAUUGUGCUGAGGAAGUGGAUCAUCUGUGUAAAGCUUUGGACAGCAAUUCAAAUUUCUGCAUCAAAGCCCAUGAAGGAAGAAGCUUGAGCCAAAUAAUGGAACAGUGGAAUAAUAAAUUCAGCCCUGGCACACAUGUAAUAUUAGUCACAACAGAUGAGUGCCUCCAAGCGCUGGGAAUUACAGAUGCCACCAAUGUAAUCCAUUAUAGUUUUCCUUCAUCUCAGGAAAUAUUUGGAACUCGCCUGUGUUGCAUGGUUGACAAUUUUAAGAACCUGAUUAUAGAGGAAUCAACUCUUCGAACUCAGUCAAUUAUUAUAAUGAGUGACAAAAAUGCGCCUCAAAUAGUCUCCUUUCUUCAGUACCUAGAAAGAACAGAAGCCAAAAUCCCUACUGAAUUGUAUAAGUUUAUUUCUAACUUGAAUGACAAAGAUGACAAUUGCUAUGACAAAUCUCUAUGUAAAUACCUUAAAGCGUAUGGAAUCUGCAGAGAUAUUAAAACUUGUGCAAGUCGUCAUAAAAUUCACCCAAAUAUGGACAAACCACGGCGCCUUUCAGAUAAAAAGUGUUUGCCGUCUCGAGGAUACGUUGAGAUAAUUCCGACUUGGGUCAGUAAUGCUUCUAUUUAUUAUGGCCGAAUAAUCCAUCACCGAAAUAAAUGGGAAAAUCCUCCAGUCUCAUUGGAAGAUGAUUAUCUGACACUUCUAAAAGAUAUGGCUGAAUACUACAUGGACGAGAAUCACCAGAAACCGGUAGAGCAAUUGAAACUAUUUGCUCUGUAUGCACUUCAAGAAAAAAUGUAUUGCAGGGUGCAAUUAAUGGCAUUACCACCCCAAGAUCAAAGUACAGUUCUCAGUAAUGCAGAAGUGAAAUAUAUCGACAGUGGUCAAACUGGACGUGUGAUGCAAAAACAGCUGCUUGAACUCCCGGCUAAGUUCCAGCUUCUACCCGCACAGAUUGUUGAAUUUAUCGUCUCUAAGGUGAAACCUAUUGACCAUGAAAAGGAUUGGAAUCCACAGGUAUCCAGAUUUAUUAAGCAAAAAAUCAGCAAUAAAUCACUUGAAGCUAAAAUUGUCCUUGCUCUUGGUAAUACUCUAUGGCUACACCCUGUAGUACACCUGUCUAAAUUACCUGAUUUGAAAACCACAAUAUUAGACUAUAACAUACGCUCAGAAAUCAUGAAUUCUGGAUUUGGAGCUGACAAUGUGAGGCAUAUUGAAAGGGUGCAGGCUCUCUGCAGGGAAGCUGGCUUUGAUGUACCAGACGAGGAUUCUUCCCAAGAGGAGUUAUCUUAUGGUAAAGAUUUAGAAUGUGCCAUUCUUGAGAAUGAUGGAAAUUAUCAUUCAGUUAUUAUCUCUGAAUUUUAUACUCCAGAGUGCUUCUAUUUGCAGGCCAUAGCAAAUCAGGAAAAACUGCGUGCUUUGGAGGAUGAAAUUAACCAACAAGCUACAGAAAAGCAAGAUCAUAUUCCAAGUAGUUACAUGCCAAUUGUUGGUGACAUUUGCUUGGCAUUCUGUACAACAAAGAAAAGGUGGCGUCGAGUGAAAAUCAUGUCUGCUGACUAUUCUAACAACAACUGCCAUGUAUUAUUUGUGGAUUUUGGGUCAUACAGCUGGAUUUCUAUCAACAAAAUUCAACCUUUAAUGAAAGCUGCCCUUGCACUUCCUUUUCAGGCUAUCUGCUGUUCGCUAUUUGGUGUAGAACGUGUGGGGAAAAACUGGAAUCCAGAGAUUAAAGAGUUGAUAUGGACUACUUUUCAAACCAAGGAACUCCAAGCUAAAGUUAUAGAACAAAGUAGAAAUGAAUCAACUAAUUCUGAAUACUACCAUGUCGAUUUGCAAGAUCCAACUAAUGGAUGCUUCAUAACACUGUCAGAAUGCAUUAUAUCAAGAGGAUGUGGACGAGGGACUCCUGCAGCAAGGAAUCAAUUGUUUCCAGAAGAAGCACUAGCAAAUGGCCAAAGGAACUCCAUUCUUUGCCUUUGUUCAUCCUUGUAUGCGCUUUUGGGAGAUGAGCAUUCAUCUUCUUUAAGAAUCUCAUUAGUGGAAGAACUGAAAAACUUGGUACUGCACCAUCCUGCUGAGGGUUUAUCCGAAUCUGGUUGUUUGCGCUACUUAUGCAGAUUGCUGCGGUUCCUAUCUACUCCAAAAGAACAAGCUGAUGUAAUCGUCGCAAUGACUCAUAAGGCCAAGACGCAAGUACAAGAUUACAAUGAAAUCAACGAAGAAAGAGGAAUUUAUGUACUUGUGAGCCUACUUCAGGGUACAGCUAAUUCAGAGCUACAAGAAAGUGUAUGUAUUGCACUUGGGAUUCUUGGCAAAAGUACUGACCUGUACUCAUCUUUUACUGAUGCCAAUGCAUUAAAGCUUCUUUGCGAUUUAUUGAAGAUGCCAGUGCAAAAUAACAUCUGGCAAGCUGUUAUAGAAGCUUUAGCUGAGCUUCUGUCAUCCAACAGGUUUUGUGAAGAAGUUGAAAAUCAACAGAUUGUCAGCCACCUUUGUGCAAAGAUUCAUCAAUCAUCAGAAGAUAAGGUUUUGGAAAACAUCCUAAGGGUUCUGUGUCAUCUCACUGGAAGAGCUGAGACUGUGAAUUUAAUGUUAGCAAAUGGACUUGAGUUAACUAUCAACAGCUUUCACCCUGAAAUAAAGUGGCAUCAGAAGGAUGAUCAUCUUGUGCUGAAUAUAAAGUUGCAAAAUGUGACACGACACUCAUGCAGAUUUGAUCAUUGCAAAGUGAUAUUCAGUGCCUCUGUUGAUGCCAAAUUAUACAUGGCAGAUUUGGAACUUCAAGGCAGUAUUUUAGAGGGAAAGUGCUCAUGUAUCAUAAAAAACGCAGAGCCUGUCAUUACGCUGUUUAAAGAAGAGAGAGGUACCUGGAGCAGUUUGCUGAAACUUAAGAAUCCAAAUGUUACUUUUGAUUUCAACUAUUUUGAGGAAAUGCCAGAUGAUGGAACUCUUCCAAUUUUCACUGACAUGAGAAGUAAAGGACAUCCAUUGGUGCUAGAACCCAUUGUCGAUGAAUGGAAUAGUUUGACAAAUGAUUAUGACAGCUCCGAAGAAGAUUAUUGAAAAUUCUGGUAUAUUAAAAAAGUUUACGGUCUUAGUUAUUCAAAUGGCAGUCACUUCAGUAAAGGAUUUUGUACCUGUGGUGUUCUUUGUAUCUCAGAUGUAAUUUCUAAAUAGUAUUUUCUAUAAAUAUAAUAAAGUGUAAAUUGGUUUUAUGUAUCCUUUA